UGUCUGCAUUAAAAAAAUGGUUGCAAAUUUUUUGCUUUGAAACAAUAGUUUCAUUAGGGAAAAUGAUCUGAAGACUUUCCCCUUCAUCUCCAGGUCCUCAUUUGCACUAAUGCUCCCACCAGCUCAUAGGUGAAAAGAAAUGAUGUAAUCUCCAUCCGGAGAGAUCCAUGGGAGGCUGAGCUGUUCCUGGAUUGUGGAUACAGAUGAGUGCUUGUUGCUUCAGGAAUCACAGAUGACUAGCUGGAAUGCCUACCUUGAGUAGCAGCUGCUAGGGAAGUGCUGUGACCAUAAAGUUGUGGCCCUGGAUGCAUGAAAAAGGGAUGGAGGAAAAGAAUACCUCAUCGUGGAAAGAAUUUCUCCUACUUGGACUUCAAUAUCAAAAAUCACCCACAAUUUUUCUGGUUGCUAUUGGUUUCAUGUUCUUUAUUGCAAUUAUUGGAAACUGUCUCCUUCUCAUUGUAAUCAGUACUGACUCUACUCUUGACACUCCCAUGUACUUUUUUCUCAGACAAUUAGCUUUAUUGGACCUCUGCCAGAUUGUCUCCAUUGUUCCUCAAGCAUUUGUCAGUUUUGUAAUCAAGAGAUAUACAAUUUCACUCUACAGAUGUAUUGCUCAAAUUACUGUAACUUUGAUUUUAGGAGGAGGAGAAUGCUUCAUCCUGGCUACAAUGUCUUAUGAUAGGUAUGUGGCCAUCUGCAAACCUUUGCAAUAUCCCAUCCUCAUGAGGAAAAGCAUCCUUCAUGUGAUGUCAGUGGUGGCCUGGUUUAUGUCUAGUCUCCAGGCACUGCCCUGCUCUCUUUAUGUCCUGCCCCUUCCCUACUGCAAAUCCAAUGUGAUUAAGCAUUAUAUAUGUGUUUAUCCAGCCCUUCUACAACUCUCUUGCUCAGAUAAUUCUAUUUUUAUAAGAAUAAGUUAUGGUGGAAGUUUCCUGGUCCUUCUCCUUCCCCUCUCAGUCAUCUCCUCCUCCUACAUUGCUAUCCUCCUUCAGGUUCUGAGGGUACAGUCUUCAGAAAGGAGCCACAAGGCCUUGACAACCUGUCUGUCCCAUCUCUGUGUGGUGGGUUUCUUCUAUGGAGCAGCCAUUCUGACCUAUAUGACUUCUUAUUCUGCUGAAAGGUCUAUGAUUAAUGCCGUGUUUACUACCAUAGUCCCUGCCACCAUGAAUCCUUUCAUAUACAGCCUGAGGAAUCAAGACGUCUUAUGCGCACUCAAGAAAUUAUUUGGAAAAUGCAAACAGAGUAAAUGAUUUUAUUGGCACUAACUAUAGGUUGUUCUAUAGAGAUAAAUUCAGAUGGAAGUAUUGAUGAAGGUAGACAUUCAUUUUUCCUGAGCAUAUUUUAAUUCUAUUGUGAAAAUUGUAAUAAAGUUGUAAAAAUCUGA